AGUAUAUAAAAGUAAACGUACCAGGAAAUUAAGGGGAGUCAAUACAUAAUAUAUAUAUAUACAUAUAAUUUAUUUUUUUACCUACCUACAUAGUAUAUUUUUCCGCGACCCUUCCUAUAAGGUGGCUCCGCCACUGGUCACAUGUUCGAGCCGAGGAAACAGACUCUUAUAAAAAUUCAGGUUAAGAUUGCAUAUAAUAGACCCUUGUGGUCCAGCCCUUCCCGGACCAUGCGCAUAGCUGGAGCUUAGUGCACCGGGCUGUUAUUUUUUGUACCUAUUUUGACAAUCAUUUCCUUAAGAAUUGUUGGACUUCCUAUUUGCCCAUGAAUGAGGAGAGAAUUUUUGCUUUGGUGGUUUAAAGUUAUGUUGUUCUAUCAUAAGCAAAAAUAUUAGGUGAUUUCUUCAUAUUUGUCCAAGCCUUGGUGGACACUGUUAUCAAGUACCUCAUAUGUUGGUGGGAGGUAACACUUAUCAAGUACCACAAUUAUCAAAUAUAAAAAAAAAUGUUGAUCUUUAUAGAUGGGAUGGGAAUCAGCUAAGAAUUUUCUAAAAUGCAUUGCAUGUUUCACUCUCAUUGCUUCAAAAUUAGGUUCUUUUUGUUUCUUCUUUGGGAAAUUCUAGCAAUUUGUUUCCAUUUUGACAAUCAUUGUUGCAAUUCCGUUACAUACUUUAGGUACAAGAUAUUCACCAUCAUGGUUGCCAUUGAAUCUUGUGCUUGCCACACCUUAGAAGAAGAACUUCUCAUUCACUUGAAAAUUUAUCCUGGAUAUAAAGAUGUUGUUACUAAAUGCAUGGCAAUCAAGGAAAGAGUUAAGAUUGCACUCCAACGUGUAGAGAAAUUAUCCUGCAAUUAUCUUAUUCAGUUCUGGGCUAGUAUUGUAAUUUAUGGCCAGACUUUCCUAACAACUUCAGAUCAGCCUUUUGGUCUUACCAGACUAGAUGGUGGACUAUGUUCGUACAGGCACAAGUGCUUGAGCCGGGCAAUUCCUGUUGAGCUGAAGAACGGUACCCAAUGUGAAAAUGACCUUGGUCCCCCCGGACGUGUGUUCAAAUAUAGGUGUAACACAGUUGAGCAUAAUGGAAUACCCCUUGGUAACUUGUGCUCGCGAAGCUGGUUUAACUGGUUGUUUUGCAAUCUGUUUAAGUGCUCCAGGCAAUGAUGACAAUGUUUACAUACUAGAGUUCUUCUUGCCCCCAAAUGAGCUUCUGCAUAGGAAUCUACAAGAAUUCCUGAAGUUGGUUUUGCACACGGUGAAACAACAGUUGCACUGCUUUAAGGUUGCAGUUGGACAUGAUUUUGGAAAGAAGUUACCUGUUGAAGGCAUCAAGAUUUCUUCUGACGAUGAACUUGAUUCUUU